ACGAGGGCGGGCCACUGUGCCACCGUGCCACCGCUAGUUAGUUCAGUCGGUCUCUUGCUUCGGUAGGGAGAACACACGCGCCUCCUCGCUCUAUGUCAUGGAGGCGCUCGCUGCACCUUCCGCGCGCGUUGCCAGUGAUCUAACCUAACCUGAGUGUGUGUGAAAGCAAUGCAACUUACCUGGAAACUUUUCACGCUACUUCGUUUCUGCUUUGAAUCCACCUGGACUGAACAGAGCAAUAAAAAUACAUUAAAGAGACAGCUAUCCAAAGCACCAUGACCGCUUUACCUGGUCGAGACAACAAGGCAAGGUCAACACACAUUCUCAGUGAUUGAAUGGACGACUUGGACGAAUCCCACGACCAUGUGACACGACCUCUGUGCUCAGGCCCUCGCCAACACCUCAGCGCAUGGCGGCCGCAGAGUAACCUGUGGUCGUACCUCAUCCAAAGCACCCCAGCGUCGGCCGCAACGCACGACGCACCGAUGACACCUCAUAACCUCAUCCCCUGGAGCCGUGAAAAAAGGGAGGAGGAGGACGAAGCAGGUGGAGGCGCGGCAGGCUGGCUGCACCCUCUCCCGGCCAGCCCGCGCCCUACACACCACCCACCGCAGAAUCACAUAUAUUUCGCCUUAACUCGCUGGGCUGUCCUCUCCUGCUGGAGCGUGUGGCGGGAGACAGACCCUCGACGUAAAGACAGACGCCUACUGACGCCCGCUGACAGGAGGGGCGCCAGACGUCUCUACCGCGCCAUGGCUCACCACUCAGGAGCGGGGCGCCCUUGUAAAACUGAAGAAAGUGUGAGUAAUGGGAGUGAGAGAGUUGACUGUGUGGGAGUGUCCGACAGCCAGGCGGCGGCGGCGGGGCGUGUGAGGGCGAGCGGUGCCUCAGUGAGCCGCGAGGAGGUGGCUGCCCCGCGGUGGCUCACCCCCGGCGCGGCGUGUGGCUCCCGUGACACCAGUGGGCGAGGGAGCUGGUCUCCGCCGCCACCCAUGUGCACGAACCAGAAAAGGACUUCCCCCACGCACCCGCCCGCCGCCCGCUGUGCUCACUCCCCCGCCAUGCUCAAGAUGGGCGCCUCCCCUGUGCUCGUGUGGGUGUUGCUCCUCGCCCUGGCCUGUGGGGGCGGGCGGGUGGGCGUCGUGGCUUCUGAAUUCCCCGAUCGUGAGUGCUGUGACUCUGCCCCGCCCCCGCCGCCACAUUACCACACCACCACCUCCACCACGCCGGGGCCGCUUGUCCGCACGCUCUCCACAUCCAGCACCCCGCCGCCCCCAAGCUUCUUCCCCAUCGCCUCCAUAUCCCCGACAGGUAAGCUUCCCAACUCCUCCUGAGAGUCAAGUGUAUAAUUCCCUCAUUCUGAUUUGUCUUGGAUUCCACGUUUAUUCCUGUUCCCACGCACGUCUCUCCCGAAUAAGGUAAGAAUGUAUAAAGAUAAAUGUGAAUGGGAGGGAGAAGUAAUGAGAGGAUGAAUGGACAGGUUAAUUUAAGGCUCAAGGAAGGUAAUAAGAGGAGGGAGGAGAAAAUUAAUAGUUGAGACAGAGAAGCGAGUGAUGUACAGAAAAAGGGGAGAGGGAGAGAGAUGUAAUACGGCCGCUCUAAAGAGAGAAACGAGAAUUAAAUGGGAAGAUUUCGA